UUUACGCUUUUCAUUAAUCUCAGUAAACUCUGUUCUGCCCCCCGCAGGAGAAGGAGAAGAAGUACAUGCUACAGGUGGACAAUCUGAAGUUCAGAGAUGUGGAGAAGGGCUUCAUGUCCAGCAAACACAUCUUUGCCCUGUUCAACACUGAGCAAAGGAACGUGUAUAAGGACUACCGUCAGCUGGAGCUGGCCUGCGAGACUCAGGAGGAUGUGGACGGGUGGAAGGCGUCGUUCCUGCGCGCCGGAGUGUAUCCUGAGCGCGUGGUGGAGAAGGAAAAGAGCGAUGCUGGAGACGAGAACGGGUCGGACAGUUUCAUGCACUCCAUGGACCCUCAGCUGGAGAGGCAGGUGGAGACCAUCCGAAACCUGGUGGACUCCUACAUGGGCAUCGUCAACAAGACCGUACGAGACCUGAUGCCCAAGACCAUCAUGCAUCUGAUGAUCAAUAAUACGAAGGAGUUCAUCAAUGCGGAGCUGCUGGCUCAGCUGUACUCGUGUGGAGAUCAGAACACGCUGAUGGAGGAGUCGGCCGAACAGGCGCAGCGGCGUGACGAGAUGCUGCGCAUGUACCACGCGCUCAGAGAAGCACUGAACAUCAUCGGGGACAUCAGCACCACCACCAUCUCCACCUCUCUGCCUCCGCCUGUGGACGACUCCUGGCUCCAGGUGCAGCGCAGCGGCUCCGGAGGAAGGUCUCCGGCGACUAGUCCGACCCCUCAGAGACGGGCCCCUCCUCCGGGGCCUCCGGCACGCCCAGGUUCUCGUGGCUCGGCCCCGGGGCCCCCUGCUGCCGGCGGGCCACCGGUUCCCUCUCGCCCGGGAGCCUCUCCGGACCCCUUCGGCGGGACCCCCCCUCAGAUCCCGUCCCGGCCUAACCGCGCUCCACCCAGCGUGCCCAGCCGCGGAAUGUGAGCCUCUUCCGCUGGAGUGAGUGCAGUGGUGUGGAAUUACAAUCAGUGACCAAUGAGGACUAACGCUUCUGCCGACGACCCCCAGCAUCACCUACUCGACCCAACCGACCCACAGACUCCUCCCUCUUUCACUAUUAGCCCCUCCCACACCCGUGACAGACAGCGAGGACAGACCCGCCCUCCCAGCCAGAACUCCUCCCCUUCUCUCUCCUCACCUCACACACACAUUAAUACACACCAUACACAGUUAAGCACAACAACUCUACAACCCUCUGUCACAAGUUCAACCAUUCAUUUCAUAUCAUUUAAUCACCGUCAAACUCGAAAUCUAGAAAAGGGGAAACACUUGAGGAAGCGCCCACAUCUUGAGAGCUGGAAGAACGCAGUGUUUUCAUGACCUCAGACUCUUGACAGACGGUUGAUGAGCUUUACAUCACUGUUUAUGAUAUUCAGAAUGAGCACGAGGUCUGAUAAAUGCAUUUCAGUUGCUAUAUUUAUUUUCUGUCAUUUUUAAGCUUCUUUUGGUUCUUGAUUUGGAUGCAUUAUCUCUCCAAAGUGUGCUCUGGAGUCUCCUGAUAACUGCAUCUUCUGGAAUGAGCUCGUGUGCAUCUGUAUUUCUGUUCAUUACUUUGGCUCUUCUUGUUUUUGUUUCGCAUGUGUGUCGCGCUGCAGUGGUCCCUGAGCUCACGGGCCAGAAGACGACACCAGACUCCCCGAAGGCCGGUCAGACACAGGCGGCCCUUCUCGCCCCGAGAGCCCCUUUCCUCCACGCGACCCUUAGCAUCGUUUUCUUCUUCUGUGUCCCCCACAUCGACUUAAAACACCCCGAACACGGACACAAGCAAAGGAACAACUUCAACUUGUCUAUUUUUGUGUAGAAAGAUGUUUACUGGAAAGCCAGACAAAGGCACUAAAAUAAAGAUGUUUUUUUUGACAGUGAAACGUGAUGAUGUUACAGCUCUCAGGUACGAGGACGUGUGUUCACCCUUCAGUGAUUGUGCUCAGAAAUCAUUCAUUCAUUAGUGAACCUGAACCUUCGGUGGGGCUGGACUGAAUUAGAGAGUGCAAUAUAUUCACCGGUCAGUCGGAUCUACACGCUGACCGCACGUUCAUGUCAUUUAAAACACAAAUAGAGCAGUUUUAGGGUGAACAGACGUUCUGUGAGACGCUUGUGUGUUUACAAUUCAUUUAAUCUAAGUAGAGACUAAGCUGAAGACUGUUGAAUGAUCAAGUCGGGAUGGUUUUGUUUGGAAUUGAAUACUUGCUGUACAGUAUAUACUGUAUCCUAUAUUUAACAAAUAGCAUGUGACAGUGCACUAUUCAGUGCUAAACAGUAGUAUGCAACAUCGUCGAGUCAUUGCAUGUUUAAUUUGGCAAGCUGCAUCCAGAAAUUAAGUUAUUUUGUGCAUUUUUAAUUCUGAUCAAACACAAAUCUGCACAUUUUUUGGUCAUUAGGGUAUUCAUACAGAACAUGUGCAUACUGUGCAUAGUGUACAUACUAUAUACUGCAGAAGUAGUAACAGUAGAAUGAUAUUCUGAACAUAGCCGUGUGUGAUUAAAGGUGCUGUAAGCAAUUUCCACGUCAAUCAAGCCAAUUAAAAAUAGUUUAAAGCACCUUUAAACAUCACCGAUGGACAUUUUUUCAUGUGUGCGUGGAAAGCCGUCCCCGUGCAUUGAAAUUAUGCAAAGUUAUCUCAAGUCUGAUUUUCCUGUCUGUAAUUUAGGGUUCAUUAUGAAAAUCAAGAUCUAGCAAAAAAAAGAAGCGUUAAAUAUCACUGCUGGUCUAUGCAUAGACAUCACUCCAGUUUGUUCAGAUGUUGUCUGUUUUGAUGAAAAUUAGAAAAUACGAGCGCAACCCUCCACAACGGUGGACUGUAAUUCUGUUGUUUGUUGUAAUAUUAAUGAUAAUUAUAAAGAUGAUAAAGCCCGUUGCUAAUAGUUGACGUUGUGGCAUGACCGGACUGUCUGCGGUUAUAACUGUACCGUAUCUAUAGUGUUUCCGUCCCAAACCUUCCCAGAAUCCACUUAGUAAAACCCACUAACGAGAAAAGGUUUAUGGUUAUUAAAGCGUUUGUCAUGGACAUACUGUAUCUUAAGUGUUGCGUAUCUUUGUGGUGCAUUUGCAAAUUGUGCUUCCACUGUUUAGAGACUAGUCCACAUGUAUGAUUACUGAAUAUUAAAUUAUUAUGGGUAAGUGAUUUAUUUAAAUUAAGCUAAUGGAACGGAGUGUGUGGAGGAAUAAACCGGGCCUCUUUCUGUGUUUGGACAGAAAGGUGUAACAGUACUCAGUGUGUAACGUGUCCUGCUGUGUCUCUGCUUGGACGAGUUUGUCCAGCAGGACUUUGUAAUCAUUAAAGUUCAGUGUACCAAAA